AUGAUUGACAACUUAAGGGACAUAGCUACUGAAGUAAAGCCUAAGUUUGUCAUUUCAGAAAUGAAAAGAGCACAUGGAAUAGAUGUUGGUUAUGGAAAAGCAUGGCAUGCUAUUCAAAAAGAGUUAUCUUUAUUAAGAGGAACAACUGAACAGAAUUAUGAGCAGCUGGCAUCAUAUUUGUAUAUGAUCGAACAAAAAAAUCCAGGAUCAUAUACUAAUAUUCAGAGAGAUGCAGAAAACAGUAUGUUAUACGGGAUAUUUUACGGGAUGUUUGCCUUGUGUAAGAUUUCUCUCCAGUAUUUUUACGGGAUAUCUGCCUUGUGUUUGUCUACAUGUUUUUCAUGUAUGGGGCAUCAAUUUCUGGNGUAUUGUAGACCACUUAUUGCAGUUGAUGGAACAUUUCUAAAAAAUAAAUAUAGAGGUGUUCUGUUAGUGGCUGUUACAAAAGAUGCAAAUAAACAGAUUUUCUCUAUAGCAUUUGGGGUAGCGGAUUCAGAGAAUAACGAAUCAUAUGAAUGGUAUUUCAGAGAAUUAAGAAAAGCAAUUGGGAUUCGUAAGGAUUUAAUGUUUUUGUCAGAUCGACACAAGGCCAUUGCAAAUGGUAUUGCAAAAGUUUUCCCUGAGUGCUACCAUGAAUUUGAUGACUUCAUGUCCCAAAUAGCUGCUGUUGAUAAGAAAAUAUUUAAUUAUUUGAUGGAGGAACCACCAGGAAGGUGCUGGGCUCAUUCACAUUGUCCGAGAAGGCGAUAUGAUAUGUUAACAACAAAUAUUGUUGAGUCAAUGAAUAAUGUAUUGAGACGUGCAAGAGAAUUGCCACUUUUAACAAUGAUGGAUUGCAUACAAGAAAAGUUGCAAAGCUGGUUCUAUGAAAGAAGGACAACUGCAGAAGGAAUAUUCCGUGAGAUAUCAAAUUGGGAAGAAGCAACAUUGGAAGAAAAAAUUAAACCAGCUUUUACAUUUAGAGUAUUGCCUAUUGAUCGACUCAAAUUCAAUGUGAAAGAAGGGGUUAUACCAGAAACUAUUAAAUCAGAAAUCACUAAGCCUCCAGAUGCAAAAGUAAUGCUAGGAAGAAGACAGAAGAAUCGACAUGUUUCCGGUACAGAAUUCAAGAAAGAACCAAGAUGUGGUCGCUGCAAACAAUAUGGGCAUAACAGAACAAAUUGCACAAAUUCUGCUGUAGUUCAUCCUUAUGCAAGAAAAUACAGGGAAAAAAAUGAUUGA